GGUGCGUUGUUGUUCACUGUUUUAUCAUUGGUUGUGCGACCCUCGUACCAAAAUGUCGUCGGUUUUGUAAAAUCGAUACGGUUUUGUAUGAGACGUAUCGUUUAUCUGUCGUUCUCUGGUGUCGAUACGAGUUUCGUGGUAGUCAUGCUAUACACUCUGCCUGUAUCUUUUAUGUUAUUCGUGCAGCCAUUUCGUUUCGAAAGAUGUCCGGAGUGACUUUAAUCGUGACGUUUUGAUACGUUUUCUAUAGUUUUUUGACGUUUAAGAAGACACCAUUGCUGUGGAUCUGUGAAGAUGCAGCAACCACUAAAUCAGCCAGAAUCCAUUGGGGGUCAGCAAGGAGUUCAGCAGCAGAUGGUACUCUGUCCAGUAAGAUUCGUCUACGAGACCCAAGUGCUGGUGCAGCCUGUUCCAGGAGACCAGAUCCAGCCAAACCAGACAUUCUUCAUAAACCCUCAAAAUCCACCACCAUGGAUGCAGAACAGGCCAGCUCCCAACCCUGUGGUGUACGUCCAACAGCUACCCAACAACAUGGUGCAGCCAGUCCAACAACAGAUAGACCCAAACCAAAUGUUCUUACAACAGAACUUCGCCAAUUUCCAGCUCCAACAACACAUGUUGGCGCAGAACCACCAAGAGAUAAGGCCAGCCAUGCAAUUAGCCAACAUUGUGCCAAACAUGGUGCAAAACGUGCAACAGAAUAUACAAACCAAUGAUAGGAACAUAAAUCAGAAUCCUAAUACAGGACAGAUGCAGACAAAUGCGCAGAAUAUGAUGCAGAAUCAAAUGAAUGUAGCGAGACAAGUCCAAAAUACUAACAACCAGGCUGUUGAAGUACAGAGACAGAUGUUCAUGAAUGUCAGGCCACAAAUGGGACAACAGAUGAACAUAGCUAGGCCAGUAAUGUCCUUAAAUCAAAUACAGAACAUGCAAGCAAUGGCUAACAUGCAGAACAUACAAAUACAGCAAGCGAAUGCUGGUCAGCAAUUCGUGCAGAACAUUGGACCACGACUGCCUCAGAACGUGAACGCUGUACGACCACAGAUGAUGGGUAACAAUGUGAUAAACGUACAAAAUGUUAUGAAACAACCUCCUCAGCAAAACAUUCAGAGUGGGAACGUGCAAAAGCCGCCUCAAGAACCGAAUAAAGUGAUGAACAGUAACGUCGCAUCUCCCGUGCCAAAUGUUAGGAACUUCGCCCAAAAUUACAACUGCAGGCCAAUACAGCCUAGACGACGAGUAGAAAAUAACGCUAAUGUACCAAAAAUGUUACCACAAAACGUUCCUAUACAACCACAACAUAUACCAGUCCAAACUCCGCCUACGCAAUACAACCAGGAGAAAGUAAAUAGCCAUCAAAUUGUUUCAAAUAUAGCAGCGAACACAACCUAUUUAAAUAACCCUAGUAUAAGUCGGAAAAGGAAGAGUGAAUCGCCUGAUGAAAUCCAAAACAAAAUGGCUGUGCCACCGGCGUCGAAGCCAAUUUACAAGAAUCUUCAACAGGGUAUAAUAAUCACUAAGAUAUGCAAUGAAAUGGGUACAAACACCAGUCCGGUGCAUAAACCUAGUGUAAAUGUAGCUAGUUCAUCUAUGACAAUGAUUCCUACUACACCCAUGGCUAUUGUAGAAAGCAAAGAUCAGAAGGAUGUAAAUGUGACAACUAAUGUAACGGAAUCUAGAACUGUGAUAACCCCUGUGAUGGCACCAAGUGAAAGUGAUAAAUUAAUUAGAAACACUGUGUUCACACAAGCUCGAGGCAGAGUAUUACAGGAUAAAAUUAGUGAUUCGAUACCACCGCAAGUUUUAGAUGUAAAACCACCUGAGAGUGUUCAAAUACCGACUGAAAAUCUAGUAAAACAGCCAGAAAAGGUAGUCAGUGCUGAAGUAAAGACUGUUAAAGAUACUGUAAUGACUGAACCGCCGACUGAAAAAGCUAUAAUUGCUCCUGUACAGACUGAAAAAGUAGCAACACCUGUAGCACAACCAGCACCGCCUAAAAUAGAAGUAGAAAAAGAAAUAAAAACACAGGAAAAGCAACCAGAAGUCAAAGAGAAUAAGGUUCAAAUUCAGCAAGUGAAAACUGAAAUCAAAAUAGAAGUGACUCAAGAAGAGAAAAUGGAAGUUGUAGAACAAAAAGCUGAGGUUAAGGAUGAAAAAAUAGAAGCCAAUGAGAAAGUUAUAACGAAACAAGAUAUAUUAACUCAUGUGGUCGACGGAUAUGUUAUUCAGGAAUCUAAUUUUGCAUUCCCUAUCCGAAAACCACUAAUAGAAAAAACUCUACAAGCAAACUCAAAACCGGAAAUGGAAGCCCCAGACGCUCUGAAAGAAUGCAUGAAAGAAGAAAUGAAAAAUACAGGCGUAGAUGUACAAUUACUGCCUUUCCACUAUUUACUUCUCCACUGUGAGAAGAAGAAGGAAGAAGAAGAGGAAAAAGAAGAUAGCAAGAAGAAAAAUCCGUUCAGUGAUUUGGUUCAUAGUACUGUUAAAUCUUGGACGGUUGAAGAUCUAUCAAACCACCUCCUAAAAUACAACUGGGAAGAGACAGUAUCAGUUUUCCAAGACCAUGAGAUUGAUGGAGAGUCCCUAUUCCUAGUCUCGAAGACACAACUAGUUAGCAUAGGGGUUUCAGAAGAAAAUGCGGACACCAUCUGUGCAUUCGUUCGGAGCUGA